UCAGAAUAAUAUGUAUAAAACAAAGACACGACAGCUUUUAUAAUAUUAACAACAGAUUUUCGAAUUGAAAAGUUACGUACACUGGAAUGAUUUCUGCAAUUUUAGUCUUCUUCCUCGGAUUGCUUUAUGUUAAAUACUAAACAAAUUUUAUGUUUCUUAUGUAUUGUGUUUAUUUGAGAAGAGAAAUGAUACACGUAUAGCUUCUCUUUCUCACUUCACCAAACUCUAUCAACAGCUUCUCUCUUAUUCCUUUGUUCUCUUCUUCAAACAAAACACAAGCCAUCAUCUGUCAAAACAAAAGAAAACAACACCAAAUGAUGUCUGGUUGGAUGCAAGACACAGAAGAACAAAACUCUGCUUCAUGGUCAAACCCAAACGCCAACGAGUUAAGCUGCUUCUCACUGUGUGCCUACAAACCCAUCUCCGACAUCCAUCAAGAAUGGCACGUGCCAAACAACGCCACCCACAACCACUCACAUAUUACAGACAUGGCUUUCUCCACCAACUUCGCUCAACACCAACCAUUACACACUUUCUCUUCUUCCACUACCAUUGACGUAGCUCAAGGGCACAACUUUCUCACCCCCAAACCCUACUUUUACCCGUUCGAGCAUGCCUCUCGCGCGGCUUCCGAUGUGGGAUUUCUUGACCCUCAAGCUUUGAACAAGGUUCAUCACGGUGGUGUCUUCUUCAGCUCAAAUGGUAAUAACCAGUUGGCCCUUCCAAAUUUAGCAAUGCCUCCCCAACAAGAUGGUGUUGGAUUUUCGGGAUUCAAGAAUAUUGGAGACUCUGAUAAUGUCGAGGGUUCGAAGGCCUUGUUUCUGAGCACGUCCAACAUACUGAAACCCCUUGAAUCGUUCCCUCCGUCGGGUGUACAACCAACACUUUUUCAGAAGCGAGCAGCACUCAGGAAAAGCAUGGAAGAUAACUGCAGAGGCAAGAGUAAAGGGAAUAGCGAUGGUAGCAAGAGGAAGAUGUGUAAUAAUGGAGAAGGUGUUGAAGGGUCCGGGUUGAACUUUGAUUCUGAUGAGAGUGGUGAGGUGGAAGAGAGUGGAAGGAACGGCGGAAACAGCUCGAAUGCGAACAGCACCGUCACCGGUGGCGUGGAUGAAAAGGGCAAGAAGAAGACAGGUAUACCUGCGAAGAAUUUGAUGGCUGAACGCCGCCGGAGGAAGAAGCUCAAUGACAGACUCUAUAUGCUGAGAUCAGUUGUUCCCAAUAUCAGCAAAAUGGACAGAGCUUCAAUACUGGGGGAUGCUGUGGAGUAUUUGAAGGAACUUCUGCAAAGGAUUGGUGAUCUUCACAAUGAAUUGGAGUCAACAACAACAACACCAGCUUCUUCUUCAUUGACUUCGAGCUUUCUUCAUCCAUUGACACCCAAAUUAGCAACACGUAUGCAAGAAGAACUUUGUCUCAGUUCAUUACCAAGCCCUAAUGGCCAACCUGUGACGGUUGAGGUUGGGUUGAGUGAAGGAGGUGUAAAGAUUCAGAUGUGUUGUGAGAGGAAACCUGGUCUCUUGCUGUCUACCAUGAGGGCUCUCGACAACCUCGGCAUAGACAUCCACCAAGCAGUCAUCACCUAUUUCAAUGGAUUUGCCAUGGAUAUUCUCCGAGCUCAGCUAUGUAACGAAGGUGGUCAAGAUGUGCAUCCAGAGCAAAUCAAAGCAGUUCUAUUAGAUUCAGCUGGCUUCCAUGGCAUGAUCUAGUGGGAAGAAACAAACUACAGGCACUACUACCUUUCCAAAUGGUCAAUUUAGCAAUCCUAAUGUUUUUUUGAUGUUCAAACUUCAAGUGUACUUUAUACACUUGUCUAACUUUUUGCUCAGUUGAACUAGGAGAAAACUUAUUUACUAAUUAAAAGCACUGCUAAAUUUGGGACCUUUUUUAUUGUUGAAGUUGAAACGAAAUCUUAUGAUGGUCUUCAGUCGGUGUAGGGACAUUCUGAAAAUUCAUGUUCGUGUCAAGAUUGUUUCUGCAAUUUCAUUUUCUUCCUUGUACAAUUAUUAGGGACAGAGACUUUAAUGCAAUGUUUUCUCUCUUUUUUCAUCUUCGAUUAAUCAUGCUGGCCAAAAAUUAAGUUCUCCUUUUUUGAAAAAAUGAAAAGGAGAUAAAGAUGAAGAUUAAGGAGGAAAAAAAGAACUUUUAAGAGACAAAACUGAAAAUUGAAUGCUGGCUUCUAAAGAGGCCCGGAUUAAUGGGGUCUCAUGCAUCUAAGCAAAGAGUAAAGGUUUGGCGAAACAGAGUCCCCACUGUAGGCUACUUUUAGUGUAGAUAAAUAAUGAAUUCCAUGGGCCAAUGUUUAUGAGACAUAAAGGACAGAACCACGGAAAAUAAUGAGGUCCACAACGUGGGCAUACAGAGUAUGUUUCUUGUUCAGAAAAGUACAACCAAUUUUAUAAUUUUGAAAAAUUAUUAUUGGAUAUUCAGCGAUGGUGCUUUCAAGGAAUGAAGUUUUAUCACGUAACCACGUUACACAUAUCCCAGAUAGGACCACAGCACAAGUAGCAGUGCCGUCACAAAUAACCACAAAUACAUUUCACUACAGAAUUUUCAAAUCCCUCAUCAAAGAUUUCCAGACCCAAGUGUCCACUUUCUUCUCUCUUGACAUGACUUCGGCUUCGAUCCACACCGUCCGUGACAUGACGGUAAUGGCCGCACUCGCCAAACACCAAGCUCAAAAACAAACUAAGACUUUGAGGCAAAAUGAAAUUAUACAUCCCCAAAAGCAUAUCAAUCAAUAUUUAAAUAUCCAGUGAUUUUCCAAGAGUUCACAAUACUGCCACAAACUACCCCACUAAAAUAAGAGACAAUCAUAUUUAAAAUCAGAUCACCGCCCUUGUAUAUGAAGAACUUAAUUACAUUAAUGAGUUCGGGUUCUAAGGAA